AUGGCGGCGGCGAUCGCCACCAGGAAGCGCCCGGCGCUCGACGGCCCCUGCUUCCCGGCGGCCAAGAAGCGUUCGCGGUACGUCUUCGGCUCCAUCUACGAGUACAAGAAGCUCGGGGUGCUCGGGGAGGGCACGUACGGCAAGGUGGUGCGGGCGCGCCACCGGCGCACGGGCGAGACGGUGGCCAUCAAGUGGGUCCGCGCCACCCGCGGCGGCGGCGGCGACGGCACCCGCGCGGCACUCCGCGAGGCCGGCUGCCUGGCGGCCUGCCGUGGCGCCCCCUCGGUGGUGCAGAUCCGCGACGUGGCCGCCGACGAGGCCACCGGGGACCUCUUCAUCGUCACGGAGCUCGUCGACGGCCCGACCCUCCGCGACCGGCUCACCCUCACGGGCCGCUUCCCGGAGGCCCCGGCGCGCGCUGCCAUGCGCCAGCUCCUGCGCGGUGUCGCGUGGGUGCACCGCGCGGGGGCGCUCCACCGCGACGUCAAGCCGGAGAACGUGCUCGUCGGCCCCGGUGGCGCGCUCAAGAUCUGCGACUUCGGGUCGGCCACGCCUGUGCGCCCGCCGUACGACCCCGAGGACCGCGUGGGCACCUUGUGGUACCUCGCGCCGGAGAUGCUCAAGGGCAGCCGCUGCUACGGCCCGCCGGUCGACAUGUGGGCGCUCGGCUGCGUCAUGCUAGAGUUGCUCACCGGCAAGCCCAUGUUCCUUGGCGUCGAAACAAAGGAGGACCUGCUCGUGGAGGUGUUCCAGCUGCGGCACAACAUGGACUCGGACGGGGUGGCGGCGUUCAAGGGCCUGCCACCGGACCUGUCCAAGGCUGCCGGCGAGCUCUUGUGUGGGUUGCUUUGCUUUGACGAGGACAAGAGGCUCACUGCGGCACAAGCGCUCAACCACCGGUGGCUCUCGGAGUCGGAGGAGGCAGAAUCCAUGGGUCCUGACUGA